UUUAUCACGGCCAGAACCUGGAACACCUCCAGCACCAAACAUCUACCACAACAACGAACGCCCAAGGCUUUAUUAUCACCAUGCGCUGAGCAGCUACAACAACCAAACCAAUUGGCCCUGCACUCCAACAUACUACUAACCUAAGGCCCUAUACUGGACUUUCUGCUGACGGACGGCAUGACAACAAAUCACAGCCAAACACAUCUCGAACGAACCACCACAACAUCCACCUAAACAGAUAUUCAAGAAUAGCCAUGGCCGCUUCACGUUCGGUAUCAGCAUCAUAUCCCCCUCCCGUUCUCCUCGGUACAACUCCAGACCUCACAGAUAAGCCUCUCGCAGCCCAGAGACGGCGGCCGUCCAGGGUUCCUGGUGGGUUUGAUACAGACGAUGAGCUCUCGCCGAUGAAAAUGGAGUUUGACGACGAGGCCAGGACGCAGCAGGAUGGGAGGCAAGGAGAGCAGCGUGGGGAUCAAGAAUUUGAAGAACAGUACCCGCCGCCAUGGGAUGAAGAUGAGAAGAAUCAGUCGAGCAGCCUGUUGACGAUGACUGGGGGUGCAAAUACCCAUGCCGAUAAUACUAAUGACAACGGCAAAAAUGACCAUAGCCCGCUUUUACUUAGCUUCAAGGAUCCACCCCUGCCGUUGUCACCGCGUCAACACCCGCAGCAUGAAGAGCCGAUGUCUUCACCAUCGCCUGUUCUGGCCAUCGACGAUUAUUCUUCCUCUACGAUUCCUCUUCCUAGCAUUGACUUCAACGAUUCCAGAGGCCUUUUGCUCACUUCCUCUAUCCCCUACCCUGAAUAUCAUGACACCAUGGACAACUCGACCAGUACUAACGACCAUAACGACGACCAUGACCACGAGUACGAGCCUAAAGAGAGCAAGCAUAAGAAUCAAGAGCAUGGGCGGGAAAAUGAGAUUGUAGAUGACCAUGACCACGACCACGACCACGACCACGGAAACGAAAACGAAAAUGAAAAUGAACAUGAAAACUACAAUGAAAACUACAAUGAUCAGACACUACCAAACCAAACCGCUCUCGACGAGAAAGAAAUGCGCCAGAAACUACUGGACAUAGAAUCCAGCUUUCUCCCUGAACCCUCCACAAUUGAUGUCGCUGCUACACCCGGCGUACCUGCGCCGGACGAUACAUACUUGAUUGGCGUGGGCGAUAGGGAUGUGUCGCAGGUCGACGAGGGUGACAGUCGAGAAACUCCCCCUUCCCCUACUACACCGCCCGGCGCAUACAAAACCCCGGCAGCUCGCCGCGCUACCAGAUUAGAACCCUCUUUGUUCGAGGACGAAGGGGAUUCAGAUGAGAAGAGGGGGAGCGAGCACAGCCAUGACAAUGAUAAUUAUGAGGACUUGGAUUUGACUCCUUCUGCAAAAGGGAAUGAUACUCUCAAUACUUCAUCGUUAGAUACCGUAUCAUCCUCACCAACCGCAGCUGCGGCGGCGAGAACCGUCUCGAGGGCUAUAUCUACAGCUAUGUCGAACUCUAGUCUACGGAGCAGUGCAUCCCAUCGCCGUCAACAUAGUGAACGGGACGAUUCACAACUAUCUAGUACAGACGAUGAUAAUGUAAAUGCUACCCCGCGCCGCUCUACGCGGAACAUUUCCCCAACCCGUGCCGCCUCGCGGCAACUGCAAGAUACUACGGGAGUAAGCGGUAGUGAGGGAGAUACGCCACACGAUUCCGGCUCGGCUUCGGAGCGCAGACGCAAACGACCCAAAUUCUUGACGAGUCGACAGUCCGUUCACCGGUUCUCAAGUUCUUCCACUGCCACUAUCGGCACGGAUACUGCGUCUAGCGAAGCUGCGAUGGGGGUCGAUUUUGCAAUCCAGUCCGGCGGGGCAGCGCCAGCGAAUCACAGCGGCCAGCGGUCACACAGUCACGGUAGACAGAAGAAGGAGCUGUCCAGGUCGAUAAGCCUUGGAAGUAUGGCGUCUGGCGUAUCGGGCAUGAGUGAUGAUAACUUGAUGGAACAGCGGAGAGGGUUCAGUGGUGUUUCAGACGUCAGUCUACAUACGUUGGAUGAAGAAGAUUCUACCUCACAGACCCGCCCGGGGUCAUCAGGGAAGAAAUCCGUGACGGAUCCCAUGACUCCCAAAGCUCAACCGCGCGAUCAACCACCACUAGAAACCGCGAUAGUAGGCCACAUCAAGGACAUCCUGAUACCAGCCACGCUCGCCCGUCAAUUCCGAGAAAGUACUCUUGGCAUAUCCCCAGACAAGCGUGGAGGUGCCCCAACCCCCGCGUUUGGGCGCAGCGGUAAGUCACUGACACUCAAGGAACAGAGCAGCACCAUAGAUAGGCUGUCGAAAGAGAAUUUUGACCUCAAGAUGCGUAUUCACUUCCUCAACGAGGCGCUGAAUAAACGCUCUGAAGAGGGCGUGAAAGAAAUGAUCUCUGAAAACGUGGAGCUGAAGUCCGAUAAAAUCAAACUACAGAAGGAUAAUCAGGCGCUUCGGAGGAAUAUUCGUGAUUUAGAGAAGCAGCUUCGCGAUCGCAAGGGCGGGGAGAGUGAUGGGGACCGGGAAAAGUCCGAGAGAGAAGAUGGGGCGGAUGCUGAGGAUGAGGAUGGGCAGGGUCAGGGGCAUGGCGGUGUGGAUGAGGAAGAGCUGACAUAUCUGCGCGAAAGGAUUGAGACGUAUGAGGUGGAGAUUGAAAGAUUGAGGUCGGAAAGUAUUUCGCGGGAGAGUGAGAAGAGGCGGUUGGCUGAGAUGGUAAAGUCGCUGGGAGAGGGGAGAGUAGCUAUUGGCUCUGAUGCGGGGGCAAGGGAGGAGAGGGAUAUGUGGAAGGACAUGCUUGACGCAGAAGCCGCAGCCCGAGAACAGGCGGAAGAGGAAAACAGAAAGCUUCGGGAUGAGCUUCUGCGCAUGAAGCCAGAUACAAUCUCUGGUAGCCGAUCUGGAGGUUCUCGUGUUGGCAAAUUGUCCGUGUUGUCUCGAUCCAGCGCCUCAGACCGGGACAUUGACCGGAGUGCUGCUCUUGGCACUACUUCCAGCACCACCCUCGUCGAAUUAGAGCUUCUUAAGCAAGAAAAUGCCGAGCUUCGCCGCGAAGUCAGUGCACAGACCUCCAUGCUAACGUCUAGGAAUCGGGAAAAGGAGAGACUUUACCAGGAAAUCGAAGACUUGAAAUUGGGCCAGCGGAGAGGAGACGGUGGCCGGUCUGUUGCCGGCGAUAGUAUUUUUGAGCGUUCAAUAUCCCGCGCCCAGGAUAGGUCCAAUUCUCGUACAAGCGACGGGACGAGAUCUCGCACCAGCGAUGCAGAACGCGAAAGCCUUGAGAUCAAAAAUGGGGAACUCCGCGAUCAUGUGUCAGCGCUUAAGCUUGAGAAUCAAAGUAUUCGCGCUCAACUUGACGAAUGCAUGAGCGAUCUGGAGGCGUUGGACCGUGCAUACCAAGCUGAUGUGGAACAGGCUGAGGAAGACUUGCAAACUAUACAAAUGGAACGGGAUCAGGCGAUGCAGAUUGCUGAUGAGCGGGAGGAAGCCUUGCAGGAUCUUAAAGCAGAGGCGCAGGAAGAACUGGAUGCCAUGGGCGAUGAGCUGGAUCAGAAGAUUGACGAAUGUCAGCGCAUGGAGGCUGAAUUGUCUAAUCAACAUGAGAAUCUCAAGGCCUUGCAGGCAGAAAUGCGGUCAGCAAGCGAGGGCAUUAUCAGACUCGAACAAGAUGCACAAAACAACUUACAGAAAUACAAAGCUGUACAGCAGGAGUUGGAUGAUGCGAAUCGGGAGCUGGAGCAGAUGGAGAAGAGUCUCUUUGAAGCUAAUAAUAAAGUGCAGCGGUUGACUGUUCAGCAGGAAUCUAGUCAGAAUGAGAUUGCGUUCCUCCGUGAGGAGCAAGAUGGCGAUAAGAUUAAGAUCGGGGAUUUGGAGUCUGAGUUGAAGACGUGUCAGAUGAGUCUACAAAUUGAGAAGGAUAGAGCUAAAGAGCUUGAUCGUCGCCUUGCGGAGGAAAGACACCAGCGGGAAGUUGUUGGGGGUAAGGAGAAGCAGGAGGUUCAACGAAUUAUGAAUGAGCUUAACCGCGAGGCCACUACUGCCAAGGAUGAGGUCCGUAAGCUGAAGAAGACUCUCUCUUCAAGGGAUAUCGAGGCUACGACUUGGAAAGAGCGAUUUGUGGAAUUGGAAAACAGCCUCCGUGAAGCCCUUGGCGACCUCAACGGCACACGCUCAAGCUUACUUUCUUCAAUAACUAAGCUGCAGCAGGAGUUAGAUUCAACCGCUCUGGAGCUGGAGAGUACUCGCACCAAGCUCGAUGAGAAAGAAUCCCUGCUCCGCAACCGCGAUGCCCUCCUCGAGAGCCAUGGUUUGGAGACUCGCAAACUAGCAGAUCUCUUGGAGAGGGAGCGUCAAGCGCACCGGGCAGAUAAACAUUCAUUCGAACAGUCACUCAAAUCCCACCACCAAGCGUCGCGGACAAUCUCACAGAAUAACUCGCGGAUCUCGGACUUGGAGUCUGCACGAAGUCAGGACCGGAAGCGUUUCAGUACCCUCGAACAACAGUAUAAGGACCAAUUAAGUGAGCGCAAUGCAAUGUUCCUCACUAUUUGGAAACGACUCUCUGCCAUGUGCGGACCUGACUGGGCCCACUCGAACAGUCUAAUCAACGGAAACCUGCCCAGCCAGGAGGUUAUCGGGAAUAUGCUUUUCUGGCCAGGUUUUAGCCGCAAUCUCCUGCUCGCGGUAAAGACGGUUGAAACCCACAUUGGCGGCUUCAAGGCGCGCAUUAAGUCUGUGGAGCGGGACCUGACAAAGGACUAUCAGAAUCUCGAACAUAAUCUGAACGUCCGCAUUAAGAAACUGGAGCGGAUGGAGGAAUUGGUUCAAAGUUUGAGAUCUAGCCAACAGCAUCACCGUUCAACCUCUUCAAACCCUUCCAGCCCCGAAAUAUCCAAACUCAGGGGCGAGAACAGGUUGUUAAAGGCCGAGCUGAAUCUUCUCCAAUCUCAUUCACGGGCUCGUGCGGCUAAUGCCGCAGCCGCUGGAGGUGGAAACGGCCACGGCUCGUCACGACAGUCUGCAUCUAACCUCGCCGCCAACACCUUAUCACGAUACAGCUCCACGACUGCAGUUGACAACGCGUCUAUAGCUGGAAUACACGGCCACGGACCACAACCCAGCCGAAGUCCCAGUACCCUCUCCCGCGGUUCCUCUGGCAUCCCUCAACCAUCCCAGUACUCCUCUUCUUCAACACUCACGAACAAUCCCGUCGCACCCGCUGGAACAUCAUCUUCCACACAGGUCGCCCAGCAACAGUCACAAUACCAUCACGUCACUUCUCCACGCCAUUCGCACUCCAGCAGCGAACCCUCACAGGAGAAAUGGAUAAAAAGAUUGCAGGAGCUCGAGCGCCGCCUCACGGCAGAACGCGAAGCGCGUUUACUUGACCGUUCCGGUGCGCGUAAGCGGCUGGAAGAGCAGAAUGCGCGCAAUGAGGAGCUUGCAGCUGAGUUGGCUAGGCAAAGGAUGAGGCAGCAGUACCGGGGUGCUAUUUCCAAUACCCCUCAUAACCGAAGUAGCAGCAACAAUGGUUCAGGAGGAGGCGGGACUGGGGAUGGAAGCGGAAACGGCCCCACGGCUCCCAGCCGCCAUCUCUCCGCGCCAGCAGCCGCCGUCGUGGAUGAUGCGGAACGCUCCCGAGCUAGCAGGGCGACUGUCAGCCCCUAUCAUCAACGUCGUCACCGCGAUAACGGUGAUGAUACUGAUCGCGAGGGCGAAGAAGGUAGCGGAGACCCUGAUGAGGGCGAGAUGGUCAUCAUCGACCACCGCGGUAGUGAUGGAAGUGGCGGAUAUCAGCAGCGGCAUGAUAGCCGGCCGUAUGGUCGCAGCCAAAAGGGGCAUAGGCAUUCAAGCGCCGCCACAGGUACGAGUCGCGAGCAGUCACAUUCGUCGCGCGGUCAUCGACAGCAGCGACAUUCGCACCAUGGAACUGGAACGGCUGCGGAGACGGAUGAGUAUGAUGGGGGGGAUGAUUAUGAGGACGAUUACGACGAUGAGGAAGAUGGAAAUGGGUCGGGGACGGAUGAUGGGGAGGGUGGUGGAUUGACCGUUGAGGUCGAGGUUUAGGUAGUUUUCUUCGAUGGAAACGUGUUCUGGGUGUUUUCCCUCUCAAGUUCAGUCUUCUUUCUGCUUUCCUGCUCGGAUUUGGCUGCUCCUUUUUUCUUUUUGUCUUCAAGGGGGGGUCUUUUAUGGGUUAGGUUUAGGUAUUUAUGAUAACACUUUUUCAUUUCUUAUUUAUUUAAUCCUAUCCUAUCUUAUUUUAUCUUAUUUCUUGUUUGCCUGUCCUUUUGUCCCUUGAGAAGCCUGGCAUGACUGAACGCAAGCGACAGACACCUUUACAGAUAUAUCUCUUUUGUAUGAAUGAUUAACUAUCUUCUUGAGGAUGUCUCUGACAUCAAUAGUUGCAUGCUACUUACUCCUCGAGACUUGUUCAACGCCUUGUCAUCGCUAUCUGUGACGGAGUGCUUAACUUUGGGUGUAAAUCCCCCACUUGCACAAAAGCAGAAGAAGCUUUGGUUUGACGGCAGAACCUCAUGGACAUCCAUAGUUCUCCUGGACUUCGUACGUGUUGGUUGACCCAAAAGCAAAGACUUACAUUGCAGUUCGAGCCAAGUGCGGUGAAUCCUCUCCAAUAAUAUUUCAUUUCACUAACUCUGUAACGUUAGUUAAUUUUCUACUAGUUAACUAUGUAUCCCAGUGGCCCCUCUCCACGAGAUGGCCUCACGAGCAUUCCGCUCAAUUGCUGGACGAUAAGUCUGUCAUCAUCAAAAAGCGUUGAGUUGGCCCAUGAUAGAUUGAGUGCAUGGGUAUAAACAGCUCUCCCCCACGCGUGACAUUAAUUAUCAGUAAACUAACUAGCUAGUUAUGCUCUGUGAUUAAUAAGACAGAAGCAUCGGUGGGCGGCUGAAGUGCAUACAGCGUAUGUCCCUGGAUACCUUGUGCAAUUUUCUUCCGAGGGGGGGGAGCUUACCUGCAUUCACCGCGCGUUUGGCGUAUUGUCAUCGUGAACCCUCCCCCGGCUGGGGUGAACAAAGGGCGACUGAAUUUAAGGUCUGUUUACCUGAAAUGGAGACGUGAUUCUUACAUAUGAUGAUUCAUCACAGAUCAAACUUCACUCGCGCAAUACGCUAGAGGAAAUGGGGUUGGUUGUAACCUCGCAACGUAUAAACAAACCUUCAUGUACAGUAUGUAACUAUGGAUGUAUGCACGGAUGUAUGUAUAAUAAUGUAUGUAUGUACGUACAAUGGGCUCCAUACCUACCUACAAACCACUACGAGAAAACGAACACCCGCGAGCUGGGUAACUAACUUGCCAUUGAUGAAUGGAAUGGGUUAAUUGCAAGUCCAGCUACCCAGGUUACAUGUACAUGUAACAUGCACAAUACAUAACUAGGCCCCUUCAAAGGAAGUGAGAGAGGGACGCCCCCCCCCCCCCCCACCAUAGCCGCUUUUCAAAGCGUGCGACAAGGUGUCGCCGUGACAGAAGAGGAGGAGCAUGCAAAUUAAAAUGCACCCAAGAGUGUACGCGUACUCCGUACACGUAGCAUCAAGCUCAAAGUAAGGCUGAGAGGAAUAAGCUUAGAUCAAUGAUGAAGGGUAAACUCAAUUGACGAUAUUUUAUGGCAAAUUCC